CAGUUUUAAAAGCGGUUCGGCUCUAAAACGUGAAACCAGUUAGCUGUAGAGGAAACAGUGAGAUGUUUCGUUCAUGUUUAGACAGCUGCUUUUUCCAACGGUCGAAAGUAAGCUAGCAAAGCAAAGCUACAGUGGCAAGCCGUUUUGAUAGCAGCUUAAAGAGUUCUUGUACUUCCAGGAAAAUAAAACUAGUAAUUCAAAAAGGAAGGAACAAAACCAGUCACAGAAAAAAAGCCACAAGUAGCAUUAGUGUUCAAAGUUAAUUAACUUUAGGUGAUUUAUUUAAAACAUGCGAAACUAAAGUCAGCGAGGAACGACAAUAGCAGUCAUUGCCAUCACUCACAGCAACAAAGACUAAUGUAACCCUUUAAAAACACAUUUUAAGGCAGCAAUAAUGCGUUUGACUUGAAGGGCUACAUACUGUUUCGUAUUCAAACCCAUGAAGGCUCUGUGGGCCUCAGCGGGGACCUCCAAGCCGGUUCUGUCUAGUCGACAGGUCCAGACAGUUUUCUACCAGGUACCUGAGCUCAGGGACAUGCACAAGAGCUUCUACUCGGACCUGAAGGCUCGACUGAGUGCACACUGCCAACCUGAGACGAACCAGUCAGGCUUUGAGCUCAUGGUGGGGGAUCUGUUUCUGAAAAUGGUGAACCAGAUCGGUCUGUAUGGGGGUUUCAUCCAAAACUAUGAGGAAGCUGUUGAAGUUGUUCGAAAGUGUACUCACUCGGACCCUCGCUUCAGAACUCUGGCUGAGAGCAUGACUACUAACGGCGCUGAUAAAACCCGGACCAAAUACACCCUUGAAGCUCUGCUUUACAAACCUCUGGACAGAGUCACCAAAACAACACUAGCACUGCUUGACCUCCUGAAGACAACACCAGUGGAGCACAAAGAUUACGUUUCCUUACAGGAAGCUUUAAGAUUGUCCCGCAGCUUCCUGUCUGGUGUCAACGAGAGUUCUCAGAGCAAACGAGAGGUCACACUUAGUCACGGCAUGAGGCGUCAGCUGAUGCGUGAUGGCUUUGUGUUAGAUGCAAGUGAUGGUGAACGCAGCCUGCGUCAUCUCUUCCUCUACACCGACCUCCUGCUGUGCACCAGACUCAAACAUUCAAGCAGAGGGAAGCAGGACCAGUACAGGUUCAGCUGGUUUCUUCCUCUGGCUGGUUUGAAGCUUCACUGGGUUGCAGAGCAGGAACGCCCGUCAGAUACACUCCUUCGCUUACACUCCAUACGAACAAAGAUGUACCACCUCAGACGGCAGCUACGGCAACACACAGGGACUUGGCCAGCUCGUAGCAGGAGGAAGCUGGAGCAGAUGGAGCUUACACUGCUCACACACUCACCUGUGUACAGACUGGAGCUACACAGCCCGAGUGGCAAGAGUCAUACUCUCCUCCACACCUCCCUAUAUGAACUUGAAGAAUGGAGAGAGGCCAUCCACAAGCUCACCAUAGACAACAUAGAAACCGUCCCUCCAGACCUGCUAACCCUCACCAGUGCGUGUGUGAAACUGAGAAUGACUCAGCAGCCACCACUGCACAGCUCAAACCCUGUGGAACAUGAGGAGUGUUUGUGUGGGACUCUGAGUGUGGCGAUCCACUCUGCCUCCGGCCUGCUAGAACCAGGAUGUGUAUAUGUGUGCGUGGAAGUGGAUGGUUUUGAGUUUUACGAUAAACAAGCUCAGACACACUCAUCAGUCCACAGCCUCAGCCCACACUGGGAUCAGGAGCUGACGUUCCUGGUGGACGGGGCUCAGGAGCUGAGGGUGCUGUGUGUGAAACAAUCUGAUGGACAGGAUGAUAUGGUCCUGGGGAAAGCUGCUGUAAAGCUGGAGUCUAAAUCCCUGACUCAGCGAUGGAGAAGACAGACUUUACACCUGGGGCAAGUGGAAAUGGCUCUGUCUCUAAAGUACAGUCCCCACCCGCUAGAACCGCCCAGCUCUACAGCUCAAACACACCCUGUCUUCUGUGUCCCCAUAGAGACUGUGGCUCAACAGGAGGGGGUUCUGGUUCCUCAUGUGGUCCGCUGUUGUGUGGAGGAAGUGGAGAGGAGAGGCAUGGAUGAGGUCGGCAUCUACAGGAUUUCAGGGACCACAAGUGACAUCAACACACUCAAGGCUGCGUUCAACAGCAAUCUGCGUGAAGCCGUCAGCAGGCUUAGAAAUUCAGAUGUGCACGCCGUCUCUGGAGUCCUGAAACUUUACUUCAGAGAGCUACCAGAGUCGCUCAUCCCCUCUGAGCUGUUUCAGAGUCUGGCUGCAGCACUGGACAUCCAGGACAUGAACUCUCGUCUUGUCUCCAUGUUGUCUUUACUGCAAUCCUGUCCUGACCCCAGCCGCCAUACUUUCCUCUACCUGCUGCACCACCUGCAACGACUUUCAGAGAAGCAAGAAAUCAACAAGAUGUCCCUCCUGAACUUAGCUACAGUGUUUGGGCCGAGCCUUGUGCGCCCCCCUGUGGUUGGAGAGGGGCAUUACGGCCCUACUGUUGAUAUUUCCCAGGAGGUUGUGGUGCAGGUCCAGGUGGUUUUCAGCUACCUGCAGUGUAACAACCUCCCUGAAGCUCGGACCUCUCUGCUCCAUGACACAGACGGUGAAGAUGAGACCACCCACAUGUGAGACCACCAUCAGCGUCAGACCCUGUGUAACAGAAGAUGGCAGCAAGAGCUUCCUUAAAAAUAAACUUAUUUAUUAAUUAAAAUAUGGACUAAGACUCUAACACUGACUGUUUCUGUCUAACCUUUUAAGUUUGGUUGUAACGUCAUUAAAGAUAAAUCUUGAC